AUGAUGGGGCCAAACAAUUUGGGAGAUGUCAACGACAUGCUGACACUAUGUGAGCGAUUUCCAGAGGAUAUCACUGGAAACGUUAUCAUCGACUGGACCAAAUCAGUGGCAAUCGCUGGAUUCAAGUCUCCAGAAGAUCCACAGAAUUCGACUUCCUUGAUUUUGGAUGAAUUGGAAAAAGAGGGAGUGGAAAACAAAGAGCUCAGAUUCUUCAAAUAUGAAAUGUGUUUUAAGGAAAUUGAGGAGGAGAUUCCGAAAAUUCGGAGAAGUCAGCAUAAUGAUUUUGUUCUCCACUUGGCACCUCACUCGAUGCCCAACACAAUUCUCAUCGAAACGACGGCAUUUUUGUCGGGCUACAGUAACCCCGACAGAAAUGGAAAAGUUCCAAAAAAUUUCAAAGCUAAAAUGGAUUCCGAAAUAUCGGAAUGGAAAACCAGAGUGGAUUGUGAAGAAAUUGUGAAGGCGUUGAAUGAAAAUUUUGAAUUGGAUGGGAUGAAAUUCGGAGGAUUGAAAAUUGAAAAAUCUGAUGAUCCUGGAAGAUCCAUCGCAGGAUUUACAUAUUAUUUAUCGCUCUGUGAUGACGAUUGGGCCACUCUUCUCGUCAAGGUUCCUCCGUUUGAAGGAGAAUGCACCAAGGAAGCUGUCACCAAUGGUUCUUCUAUCUGCAGGAUUUUCAAAAAGAAACAAUUUUUCAAAUUCGAAAAUUGUGGAAAUCCAAGAGCAAGAAUGAUGGGGGUAGAUUGCCUUGGAGACGUCUCCGAUAUGCUAACAAUGUGCAAUCGAAGAAUGCUCCUUCCUGAUGACAUCAAAACCGUCGUUAUUACUGCUUGCAAUGAUCCAUAUGAGAAUUCUCAAGAGAAUCCAUCAUCAGAAGUUUUGGAUGAGUUGAUGAGCAAUCCGGGAGAGCACAUCAAAAUCUUGUCUCACAAAAUCCCAACCACUUUCAAAGCUGUCAAUAAGAAAGUUCCAGAAUUGAGAAGAAUUUGGCCACAGCAAGUCCUUCAUUUGGCUCCUCACUCGACGCCAAAAAUCAUUUAUUUCGAGGCAAAAGCAUUUUCCGAUCGCUACAGUAAUCCGGAUAAAAAUGGGAGUGUUCCAGAAGGAAAUGCUAUAAAAUUAAAAGAGGAUGACGAUCGAAAAGUCAUGGAACCAUUUGUGGAUUUUAAAUCUUUAAUGGAUGAAUUGAAUGAAAAAUUUGGGUUGGAUGGAAACAAAUUUGGAGGAUUGAAAAUUGAAAAAUCGGAGAAUAUUGGGAGAUCCGUCGAAGGCUAUCUCUAUUUCCUAUCACUUCGUGAGGGACCAAUGUCCACUCUUUUCGUUCGAAUUCCUCUAUUUGAAGAUUUUCUACAUAAAAAAAGACGAAAAAUGAUGGGAACAGAUUGUCUUGGUGAUCCGGCUGAUAUGCUCACCAUGUGUAAUAAGGGAACAGUUACUGGACAGUUCAUCCUUCAUUUGGCUGCUCACUCGACCCCAAAAAUCAUUUAUUUGGAGAAAAUGGCAUUUUCCAAUGGUUACUGUAAUCCACUAGAAUCUACAGUAGAUUUCAAAUAUUUACUGGAUGAAUUGGACGAGAAAUGUGAACAAUUGAAAAUUAAAAAAUCGGAAAAUAUGGAGAGAUCCAUCGACAACUACCUGUAUUCGUUGACUCUUCGUGAGAGCUCUCAAAAAACGCUUCUCAUUCGUAUUCCUCCAUUUGAUGAUGAAUACACCAAAGAAGCCAUCACCAGCGUCAUCAGAGAGGUCAUGAGAGCAUUGACAAGAGACUAA